AUGCAAUUGUACAUUUUUUAUCACGGGCUAAAACUCUCUGCUAGAAAUGUGAUAGAUGCAGCUGCAGGAAGUUCUGCUGCUACGGUAAAUCAGAUUGAUGCUUUAACUACACUAACACAACAGAUUGUUUCUUUGGCACAAAAGUUUGAAUCUUUUCAGGUGAAUACACAACAAUCAAACCAAUCUGAGUCUUGUGACAUGUGCGAAGGAAACAACCAGAACCAUGAAUGUCAAGCAACCAAUCAAACGGAUGAACAGAUUAAUGUCAUCGGUUAUAAGCCAUAUCCUUUUGGGAGUCCAAUGGCACAAAAUCAUCUAGGAUUUCAGUGGAGUAAUCCAAAUGGUGCAAAAAACUCUCAAAGCUUCCAGAAACAGCAGCAAGCAGGACCAUAUCAACAAGCAGGGUCAUGCCAGCAGAGGCCCCAACAAGCUCAUUCAAGUCUUGAUGACCUUUUGUACAAGUAUAUUAAGGUCACUGAUGAAAAGAUGGAAAGCCAAAAUUCACCCCUAAAAAAUCUGGAAAGUCAGUUAAGCCAAUUGGCAGCUCUUGUGUCAGAAAAGAUUCAGGGUCCCUUACCAAGCAAUACAGAGAAAAAUCCAAAAGAGCACCUUAAGGCCAUCACUUUACAGUCAGGUAAGGAACUAAAUGAACCUUAUGAAGACAGACAAGAAAAGAACCAGGCAGAACAACAGGUAGACAAGGAUAAGAAUAUUGAAAAAUCAUCUGAACCAUCAAAGGAGAAAGAAAUAAAGAAUAAGAAAGAAAACAUUUCUGAAAAAAUUGCUGCCCCACCUGUGACAAUUCCAUUUCCACAAAAAAUAAAACGAGAAAAGCUUGAUGGUCAUGAAUUUGCAAAUGCUAUACUUCAAAAUAAGCUACCACAAAAACUUGGUGAUCCUGGUAGUUUUACCAUACCAUGCACUUUGGGAGGUGUAUAUUUUGAAAAAGCACUUUGCGAUUCUGGAGCUUCAAUAAAUUUGAUGUCAUUUUCUAUCUUUAGAAAAUUGGAUCUUGGUGAAAUGAAGGACAUAAGUGUUUCUCUUCAGUUUGUAGAUCAAAGUACUAAGAAACCUAAGGGAAUAAUUAAAAAUAUGCUUGUAAGAGUAGAUAAGUUUGUUUUCCCUGUAGAUUUUAUAGUACUUGAAAUGAAAGAAUGUCCUGAUGAACCGAUAAUUUUGGGUAGACCAUUUCUUGCUACAGGAAGAGCAAUCAUAGAUGUUCAUCAAGGGCAACUAAUCUUGAGAGUUGAUGAAGAAAGAGUCAUUUUUUAUAUGCAAAAGAUACUAAGAUUUUCAGGAGAUGAGUCACCAUCUUCAUGA